AUGGGCUCAGUACCCGUAUCUGUCGAGUAUCUCGCUUCCGGGGCCAACAGACAGACAGCUGUUGCUGAUUGGAGUCGAUGUGGUAUUUUGGCUUUCGGGGCUGAUAUCAAUGUUGCGCUAUGGCGACCUUUGUUGGAUCCUCCUAGGGGAGUUAGCAAGUUGCUCGGCGGCCACAAGAACACUGUCAAGGCCCUGACUUUCCUCCCUGAAGAAGACUCAGAUGAGACCUCCUAUCUCAUCUCUGGCUCGGAUGAUAAGACCUUGAUCGUCUGGAAAGCCCAAAGAGACAGUGAAGACUUCAAGCCCAUCCAUACAUCAACCGAGCACACUGCUGCUAUCAACUGCAUUGCGUCUCUAAGGAUCAAGGGUACCCAGAAAUGGAUUAUUGCAACUGGAGGUGCCGAUGCUUCCAUCAAAAUCUGGAGCUUCGAGAAUGAUAAUUUCUCGCUCCUUCAGAAUGUCAAGACCACACCAAAGUACUUCCCCAUGUGCCUAUCGCUCAGCUACGCCGGAGACGCAGAUGAUGCCUUGGUCUUAGCAUCUGCCGGCACAAGAGAUAUUGUACAGAUACACACUGCAGAGGCCAAGCCCGAAAAGAUUCAGUUCGAGGUGCAAGCGACGUUGACGGGACACGAAGGCUGGAUCCGAAGCUUGAGCUUCGCCAAGGAGACGACUGCCCCUGACAGCGAUUUGCUCCUUGCCUCAGCCAGUCAAGACAAGUACGUUCGUAUCUGGAGAUUCCACCAGGGCAAAGAAUUGCCUGCUUCUGCGGCCAACGGCUCAGACCCUUCGAGUGACGCCUACUUGCCUGGAAAAUCUCCAUCGAACAAGGCUCAUCGUCUCAAGGCGGCUGGCAAGGACUUCUCCGUCACUUUUGAAGCCCUGCUUCUAGGUCACGAGGACUGGAUCUACAGCGCACGCUGGCAAAGACAAGAUGAUGGAAAGUUGCAGCUUCUGUCCACAUCAGCAGAUAACUCGCUCGCUAUCUGGGAGGCCGAUCCAAGUUCUGGAAUUUGGAUCAGCAUGGCGAGACUGGGUGAGAUUAGCAGAGAGAAGGGUGCUACAACAGCAACAGGAAGUACGGGUGGUUUCUGGACAGGACUCUGGUCCCAUGACGGCAAGUCAGUUGCCUGUCUUGGCCGCACUGGUAGCUGGAGACGAUGGGAGUAUAUCCCCUCCGAGGACUUUUGGCGGCCUUGCGUGGCCAUCUCGGGACAUACCAGAGCAGUUACAGGUGUCACUUGGGCCAAGAACGGCGAGUAUCUCCUGUCAACAAGCACAGACCAAACUACACGACUUCACACUCGCUGGAAUAGACCAGGAACCGAGACAUGGCACGAGAUGUCCCGACCUCAAAUUCACGGUUAUGAUCUUAACUGCAUCGACUCCGUAGGAGCUUCACAGUUUGUCUCAGGGGCCGACGAGAAGCUCAUGCGAGUCUUCAGUGAGCCCAAGGCUGUGGCAUCAAUGUUGAACCGCCUAGCUGGUAUCGGCGAUGGCAUGGACGUCGAGAACAUGCCGGAUGCUGCCAACAUGCCCGUCCUGGGCCUAUCCAAUAAAGCCAUCGACACCGUGGAGGAUGACCAGGAGAUUCAGCCCAUCGAUGACCGGGAUCGUGAAGCCAUGGACCCAGCAUCCAUUGUUAAGAAGUCACACUUGGAGAUUGACCACCCUCCUUUCGAGGAAACACUUUCACGGCACACCUUGUGGCCGGAAACUGAAAAGCUUUACGGUCAUGGCUAUGAAAUUUCCUGCCUAGCAGCCAGCCACGAUGGUACCCUCGUUGCCAGUGCAUGCAAAGCCAGUUCAACCAACCACGCCGUCAUCCGUCUCUUCGAGACAGCCCGCUGGACUGAGAUCCGACCUCCCCUGACCGCACACUCUCUCACAGCCACUCGUCUACGAUUCUCCUCUGACGACCAAUUUCUCCUGAGUGUUGGUCGUGAUCGUCAAUGGGCCGUGUUCGAGCGUGCACCCGAAGAAGACGCUGCUUACAAGCUCCUCCAGAUCAACCCUAAGGGCCACACACGUAUGGUUCUUGAUGCGGCUUGGGUGCCUGCCCCCUCUACAGCCCCUGUUUUUGCAACCGCUGGUCGUGAUAAGCAAGUCCGCAUCUGGGCGGCCAAGCCCAAUGAGGAUGGAAAGUUGCAAUUUACGCAGACAGCUUCUAUUGCAACAGCUUCGCCUGUUACCUCUGUCGAUUUCAUUCCUCAAGCGGUUGACGAAAGGUUUGUCUUGGCCGUCGGUACAGAACUGGGCAAAAUUAGUCUUUGUCUUAUCAAGGAGGACGGAACCGAUGUUGUUGAGAAACCCGCGUGUGAAGAUUACUGUCUACCCAAGGCUGUACACCAACUUGCUUGGCGCCCUGUGGCAAGAGAUGGCUCGGACAGACCAUACGAGUUGGCUGUUGCAGGAGAAGAUAGUUCACUCCGAGUGUAUGCCUUUAGCCAGGCAUAUUGCCAAGUACCUGCAGACUCGUAG